GCCGGAUUGCGCGGGGGAACGGAAAGCUCCGGCCCGGGUUUCCCCGCGUCCCGGUGCCAUCCGGGGGGAAGAGUUUAGGCGGCAGCAACCGGGAACGAUGAGGAAGGUGGAGGUUCACAGCGGAAAAGACAAUGACAAUAACUUUGUAGUGAAGAAAGGCUCAGCUGAGUGCAAGGAGAAUCUUCAUGAGAGGGUGGCACAUUGGAGCAGGAGCCCUGCAGAGAUUAAGGAAUCUCCUUCAGCAGAAGUUGAGACUGCUUUGGAAACUGUCUAGACAUGAGUUGGCCUCACAGUAGAAGGCUUGGACUAAAUGGUUGUUGUUCCUAUAAAUAUUUUAAUAACACUUCAUGAACUAUGGGACCUGUGGGAUUUAAGAAUAUUUAAGAAAAUUUGCUGCUUCUACAGCCUUCCAUCUUAGUGUGCAGUUGAUGAUUUCACUUGAAAUACUGAAGAACAGUAAGCACGGUGUAAUUGCUUUUCAAAAAUGUUGAAAGUUCAGCAGUGUGUAACAGCUGAUGGGAUACCCAAGAAAAAGCCAUAUAUUUGUGACAUUUGCUAUAAGCAGUUUGAAACUCCAUCAAAAUUAGCUAGGCAUUAUCUGAUACAUACUGGUCAAAAGCCAUUUGAAUGUCAUGUAUGUCAUAAAACAUUUAGGCAGCUAGUCCACCUGGAGAGGCAUCAGUUAACCCAUAAUCUACCCUUUAAGUGUAUUGUUUGUUACAGAAACUUCAAAAACUUAAUCACUUUCUUAGAGCAUCAGCAGCAUCAUAAUGAAAAUUACCAGAAUGAUACCAAGCAAGCAGAAACCUUUGUAAAUUCGGAGAAAGACGUGGUCACUUGUGGCAUAUUUCAAUGUUCUCUGUGCCAGAAAUCUUUUACAACUGAAGAGAGUUGGAUGCUGCAUCAGUGUCUGAAGGCAAAUUUUCUAAAUGGUGCUAGAAGGAGAAAGGAAAGUCAUGCUUGUGAAUCAUGCAACAAGACAUUUCCAUCAAGAUCUAAGCUAGAAAGACACUUCCUGAUUCACACUGGCCAGAAACCCUUUAAGUGUUCUUCAUGUGGCAAAUCUUUCAGACAGUCAACGCACUUGAAAAUCCAUCAGCUUACACACACAGAAGAAAGACCUUUUCAAUGCAGCUUUUGUCAUAAAGGGUUUAAAAUACAGAGUAAACUCAUGAAGCACAGACAGCUUCAUGUCAGAAAUAGGAUUUUUCCCGAUAUUGUAUACAAAGCAAAGACUCUUAAAUAUCCCAAAACAUGUAACCUUUUGGAAGGGAAGAUGGAUAAUUUUGAGAAUGCUGACACCUGUGAGUCACAGAAUGACCUACGUGAUGCUCAGUUAAUCUAUAUCAUACCCUUUCAGUGCCCUGCAUGUGAGCAGUGUUUUGAAACAGAGCAGGUCCUAAAUUUGCACAAAUGUUAUCUGAGAGAUAGCAAAAGUUCAAAUAAUAAUAUAACAGCAUGCAGACACUCAGUCAGCAUGAAAAAUAAGAUCCUGAAGAAGCUGAAGUGUACUGGUGGAAAGGCAACAGAUUUUUCUCUGACUGAUAGAAAAAAGUCAAAAUCAGGUCACUUUAAAAGUCAUAACCUGGUUGCAGCUAGAGAUCAGGGCUCUGAUCAGCGUGCUUCCACUAAACCUUUCAAGAGUUGCCAUCGCAAGCUUGACGUACGCAAGGCACCCAGUAAUCAGUUGAAAACGUUUUCUGUGCCGUUACCUUGGCAAGAACACCUGCAACCUCACGACUUUGGAAUUAAUUUAAAAUGUAUGCUUGCUGGUAAAAGCAUGUUAAGCAUCAGUGAUUCACUGGAUAAUAAAAAGAAUGAUUUUUAUGGUUCAUCAGAUGAUGGUGUCUUUGAUAAUCCGGAAGUACUUCAGUGUGCUUUUUCAGCUUCUGCUAAAAAUAUACAUAACAGACACAAAGUGUGUAAAUGUGACAGAUGUGAAAAAAUCUUCCCGUCUUCAUCCAAACUUCAAAGACAUUAUCUUAUACACACGGGACAGAAGCCCUUUGGCUGUAAUGUUUGUGGGAAGACAUUUAGACAGUCAGCUCACUUAAAAAGGCAUCAGCUCACCCAUACUGAAAAGAAACCCCAUAAAAGCCCUGUUUGCCAGGUAGAAUUUGAAAACCUGAACAAACUUUUCAAUCAUCAGGGAGAUCACAUUGAAUUUAAGCCUUCUCAGCCUGUGGGUUAUUCGGAUUAUUCUCAAACACCUUCACAGGCAUCUGGCUUUCAAGAAUUUGAGCUGAUUCAAUCAAACCAAGCAGCUGAAAUCAAAGUUGAAAUUGAGUCAGGGGACUUUGUUCUUGACACCAGCAGUAGAAGCAUACAGCCGUAUUUGUGUAGUAAGUCGUUGGAAAUGGAGCAAAGCAGUUAUGGGUAUUGGCACAAUUUUUCUGAAGGUACUGGAAAAAACAAAGUUGCUAACAAACUGUAUCAAUGCAGUAUUUGUUUUAAAACUUUUAAAUCGCCUUCUAAGCUUGAAAGACAUUACCUAAUGCAUGCUGGACAGAAGCCGUUUGAGUGUUUUGUUUGUGGUAAAAAUUUCAGGCAGGCCCCACAUUUGAAAAGACAUCACCUUAUUCAUGCUAAAGAGAGUUUAAAGCUGAGUUCCACUGAGCAGCAGCCAGAGGACAUACUGUUUUUAUCAAAAUUGGAUAAUGUCUUAUGAAACUGUAUGUUGAAAUUUUGGGUUACAUAAUUAUUAAAAGUCUAACAUAUAUGUUAGACUGAACAACUGACCGAAAGGGAUUAUCCUUUUCUGUUAUGGAGAUGACAUGUUGAAGAAUUAGUGUACUGUCUUCAGAACUGUCUACUUGAUAUAAUUUGUGAUAAAUGUGAGGAGAUGUUUAAAACAAACAAACAAAAAGCAAAGUGGCUGUUUAAUGGCAUUUCUUUUCCUAAGUUAAUUUAUAAAUACACAUUCUUACCAUAUUAAUAAUGUUGCAGUAAUCUGCAGUCCUCCAGAAGUCAGGUAUUUCAAAAGUUAAACUUUAUAUAUGUAUAAUAUUUUAUGACAUGUUAUCCCAUGAUAACUGUCAGAAAAAGAAGGAUAAAAAGGUAAUGUCCAGAAUGCAGAAAAAAUGGUCCUUUUACUUUUUUUCUGGCUCCCUGUAUGUUGCAAGCAAAGGAUACUUGCUGUGUAUAUUUCAUACUGACAAAAAUAAAAAAAAUCCCAUAGUUAUGUUUAGAUAAAAGAAGCAAAGAAGAAUUGAGUAGAAAAGGGGGAAGAAGUGUAAUGAGAAAAAAUGUAGAUGUGGCAUUAUAGAACUGUUAAUAGAAAAAAAAUUAACUGCUUUGUAAUGUGCUUGGAGAUCUAUGCAUAAGGAAUUAGAUCUUUCCCCUUCUUAAGAUGUAAGUAGGCAGUGCUAAAACAGUAGCGUUUAUAAUCAGUUAAUCCAUUCUACCAUUUCAUUAUCUCCAGUUCUUUGUAUAUUCCUUGGCUUUUCUAGCUUCUUUUUUUUUUUUUUUUUCCAAUUCAUACAAUAGCGAACCAUUUUUUAGAAAAAAAAAGAGGACAAGAAAUUAACAUUAACAUUACAAACGGGCUUACCAUCUGUUCCAGUCUCCUAGCAUACAUAUUGCACCAGUAAAAGAAAUGUUCUCUAAGAUGUGAUAAUAACUCAGAUGAGCAGUUUUGUCAGGAAGUCAUGUUCUUGUUACAUUAAAUAUAAGAGACUAAAAAUUACUUUUAGUUCAAAUUAGGUAAUUCUGGUUUUGCAUUAAUAGAAUCUGUAGUUAUACUUUCUGGUAAGUAGAGAGCUGCUGUGCCUGUGGGACUGGCAAAAAGUGAAAGUGCAGUGGAGAUUUCUUCAUUAUGAACAAGAAUUAAGUCUUUUUUUUUUUCU